AUGACGACCCUCGUAGCCUUUGCGCAGUCGAGGUGCGAAGCACAGGAUCAGCAUCAGCAUCAGCAUCAGGAGCAGGAGCAGGAGCAGGAGCAGGAGCAGGAGCAGGAGCAGGAGCAGGAGCAGGAGCAAAAGCAAGAAAAAGAUCAGCAAGAGCAGCCAAAAAAGCCUCAACAACAGCUCGAUUCUCAUCAUCACGAGGCCCUCGCAUCAAUGUACGCAGAUCUCAGCGGGCAAAAACAUAGUGAUCCAGCCGCGUAUCGUACCCGCAUUGCCUGGUGGGCAGAGACGAUCGCCGACGCCUGCUGGUACCGCAUUGAAGGACUUCCUCAUACGCUGUGUUGGCACGUGGAUGAACAUAUUCCGAUGCAGUGGGCCAUGAAGGAUGUAGGACGACCUAUGUGCUUGUCGGUGGUGGUCGAUGAGCUAGCAUCACAGGCACGGCUGAUCCGAAUGAACGAAUUUGUUGCGCGCAAAACGCCACUGACUGCCCCCAAUCGAAUUCAGUGGAUAGGUUCACAAAUUUGGCGUUGGUUCUUCUCCCGAGGAGAUUGCAAUAGCGACCAAAGUGCUGACGAAGCGCUGUGGCCAGCAAUUGUAGGCGAAUGGGUCGUGCGAAAAAAUGUCGAGAGAGCAGCGCGCCUAUUCCAGGCGCAGCACGAUCGACAUACAAGUCUCGUACAGCGUGUCAUGCCACGCUCGCAAUUCAAAGAGAUGCUCUCGACACUGAAGGAUGAGAACCGUUCGUUGAAACUCAGUGACGUCGAUAAAGACAUCUUACUUCUCUAUCUGGAAAGAGAUGCACGUGUGAUUGUAAGGGACAAUGAUGUCGUGAAGUUGUGCCGAGAGCACGUCUUGGAGUCAAGUGAAUCCCGUGAGUACAUGAUUGGCGAACAGGAACGGGGAAUCGUUGCUGUCAAGUCUAUGCAAGCACAGCUCGCAAGCCAAAUCGACGACCUGCAACAGCGGAUUGAGUGUGCCCAUGAAAAUACUGUACGUGCUUUCAAGGCAAAGCAGCGCGAAUCUGUGACCAAAACCCACCUACGGACAAAGAAGCAACUGGAGGACAUGCUUGAAAAACGCGUGCAAGCAGAACAGACGCUGAACACGCUCCUGCUCAAGAUGGAGCAGGCAGCUGGCGACGCGGACAUGAUGCACACGUUCGAGGCAUCAGAGCGCACAGUGCGUGCAUUGCUGAAUGAUCCUGUCCUUCAGCCGGAACGCAUAGACAGCACGAUGGACGCUCUUGCCGAGAGCCUGGCGAAGCAGGACGAGGUGCAUGCGAGCAUAACAUCGGAGGCGAUGCAUGCCGAGACAGACGAAGAUACAUUGGCGGACGAGCUCAGGAAACUAGAGCUCGACGUAACACAACCGGCGGAUGCAGCACCAGACGCUGCCAAAAUCGAGCCGACCAAGUCGGAGAUACUUCAGAUGCCCUCCGUGCCUUCCCACACACCACCAACGCCCUCUAAGGAGCGGAUCGCUUAUGAAAACAGCAUGUGA